UCAUGACUAGUUUGGUGGUGAGGAUAUAGACUGAAAACAGGAGUCGCACUUGAUACGCUGGCUGUUCCAACUUUUUCAGAGAAAUGGCUGCUCGGAGAAUGUCGUCGCUGCUUUCUUCUUCUUACGCUCCUGCUCUCUUACGAUCGUUAGACCGCAUCUCUGGGAGAGGCAGAGGCAUCGGUAGGUUUAGUACAGCUGCUGCUUUAGAAGAACCAAUAAUUCCACCUGUCAAGGUUGAAUACACCAAGCUCCUCAUCAAUGGACAAUUUGUGGAUGCAGCAUCAGGGAAGACUUUUCCAACCUUAGACCCCAGAACAGGGCAAUUGAUUGCCAAUGUUGCUGAAGGCGAUAUAGAAGAUGUUAAUCGUGCAGUGUCUGCAGCAAGGAAAGCAUUUGAUGAAGGUCCCUGGCCUCGAAUGACAGCUUAUGAAAGAUCUCGAAUAUUGUUGCGUUUUGCUGAUUUGGUUGAGCAACAUGCUGAUGAAAUAACAGCUCUUGAAGUUUGGGAUAACGGGAAGCCAUAUGAACAGGCAGCUGGAGAUGAAAUACCAUUAUUCAUUCGUCUUUUCCGGUAUUAUGCUGGUUGGGCUGAUAAAAUCCAUGGCCUCACAAUUCAAGCUGAUGGACCCUAUCAUGUCCAGACUCUACAUGAACCUAUCGGUGUUGCAGGGCAGAUUAUACCAUGGAACUUCCCUCUUCUUAUGUAUGCCUGGAAAGUUGGGCCCGCACUUGCAUGUGGUAACACUAUAGUACUUAAAACCGCUGAACAGACACCAUUGUCUGCCCUCUAUGUUUCAAAGCUUUUCCAUGAGGCAGGUCUUCCUCCUGGUGUAUUGAAUAUUGUGUCUGGUUAUGGUCCCAGUGCUGGUGCUGCUCUUGCUAGCCAUAUGGAUGUGGAUAAGCUUGCUUUCACAGGAUCCACUGAAACUGGUAAAAUUGUACUCGGAUUGGCUGCAAAAAGCAAUCUUAAACCAGUGACUUUAGAACUCGGUGGGAAAUCUCCUUUCAUUGUGUGUGAAGAUGCCAAUGUUGAUGAAGCUGUUGACCUGGCACACAAUGCUCUUUUCUACAAUCAGGGCCAAUGUUGUUGUGCUGGAUCACGUACAUAUGUACAUGAACGUGUUUAUGAUGAGUUUCUAGAAAAGGCAAAAGCUCGUGCUUUUCAACGUGUGGUCGGCGAUCCUUUUAAGAAAGGUGUUGAACAAGGUCCUCAGGUUGAUUCUGAUCAAUUUGAGAAGAUCUUGAAGUACAUAAGAUCUGGUGUUGACAAUGGUGCUACCCUUGAAACUGGAGGUGAAAGAUUUGGGUUGAAAGGAUACUAUAUCCAACCCACUGUUUUCUCAAAUGUCCAGGAUGACAUGCUCAUUGCAAAAGAAGAGAUCUUUGGACCAGUGCAAUCGAUUCUAAAAUUCAAGGGGAUCAAAGAGGUUAUUCGAAGGUCAAAUGAUACUCAAUUUGGACUAGCUGCUGGUGUUUUUACACAGAAUCUUGAUACUGCUAAUACAUUAUCACGUGCACUGAAAGCGGGAACUGUGUGGAUUAACUGUUUUGAUAUUUUUGAUGCUGCAAUUCCUUUUGGUGGGUAUAAGAUGAGUGGACAUGGGAGAGAAAAGGGAGUUUAUAGUCUCAGUAACUACCUACAAGUCAAGGCUGUUGUCACUCAUCUCAAGAAUCCAGCAUGGUUGUAGUUCAAUGUCUCUC